UCCAUGUGUUAUUAUUCUAAGAUCUGAGCCAAUGACAGAUAAAUGUGAGACUAUCUUGCGCAACUAAAUCAGGACAACACGGAAGAUAAGAUGUGUGUCUCGGAUGAUAUAUACACUGAAAGUAGAAUAGAACUGAUACACACGUGUUAAGUUACACGAGUGACGGUGUAUUCUAUGUUUCAAAGGAAAGCAAUACAAAACGUUUACUGUUAACAAUCUAUGCAUGCAUUAAGAAAAGAAUUUCAAAGCCAGGUUCAGAUUUCUUUUGUCUUUUAAAUUAAAUUGAAUGGUUGGAAAAUAAACUUUUAAAUACAACGGUACAGAUAAGUGAAUCUUUUGUCGGAAUACUGCUAGAGUCACAACCAGUGGUCUCGCAUUCCUAAUUUCGCCAUAGCAACUUACAAGACAACGAGAGUUCCACACCUAGGAGAAACAAGUAAUGCUGGAAUUUGUUUUCAUUCUGCAGCGAUUAAGAUGACCUAUCGCCUGACCCACAGAAGUCUGGCGGGCAGCAUCGCUGAUCUUAGUGAUAUUGCCGAAGAGUUUCUUAUAUGCCCGAUAUGUUCCGAAGAUUUCACUGACCCCCGAACUCUGUCUUGUCUUCAUUCGUUUUGUCACGAGUGCAUCUCUGAACAUAUUCUCCAGAGUACACAUGAGCAGCGACCACCUAAAUCGUUUAACUGUCCAGUUUGCAAACGCGGUAUCGACGGACCAGUUCAGGUACCGGUUGAAUCGUGGGCAAAUGUCUUUCCAAUCAACAAUUUCAUCAAUGGAUUGCUGGAUGCCGCUAAGUUGCGCGCAGAAGACAGACGAUGUGACACGUGUCUACACCGGAACCGGAAGGUACUUGCAAACUUCUGGUGUGAUGAUUGCGGACAGGCGUUAUGCAAAGAAUGUCACGAAGUUCACAGCUGCAUGAAGUUUGCGCAGUCCCAUCAAGUAAUUGAAAUAGAAAACAUCAAGCAACUCCCUUUAAAGAGUACCUCAAUUCAUUCUCUCUGCCCAGAUCAUGAUGGGAAAUUUCUUGAUUUCUAUUGCAACGACCAUAACGUCAUUCUGUGUUCCGACUGUGUGACAGUCAGCCACAGACAGUGCUCGAAUGUCAAGACGUGUAACGAGGCCGCUGCUGAAUAUAAAAAUGAGACCCGUGGACUGAUUGAGAAUCUGAAGCACCAGACGGAUUGGUCAGUCCGUAUUAUGGAUAAUCGUAAACACUGCGUCGAUUCACUCGAAGGCGCCGCCAAACAAGUAAAGAACCAAAUAGCUAAUAUUAGAAAACAAAUCAACGACGUACUAGACGCCCAGGAGAACCGCAUAGUGGGGGAGCUGGAAGACCUGAAGAAGAAAGAAAUGGAAAUUCUAGAGACAGAGAACGAGACAUGCAAAGGCAUCAUCAGCACUACCCGGAAUUCCGCAGCACUUCUGAGAAACACCCUGAAACACGGAACGGAUAAUGAUCUGCUGUCUUGUAUUGCUCAGAUAAAGAAAGAGACACGUCUUAGCGAAAAGACACUGAAAAAUAUCUCCAACCACCUCAAAGACGUUUAUGUGGAUUUCAAACCCGACCAAAAUUUACCCACUGUGUUGAAUCAACUGAAGGAGCUUGGAAGUUUCGCUGUGUCUAGACAAAGUAUUCUUAUUCCGCCGUCGUAUGCCGUCAGAGCCGACACUGUUUUGAUGCCUGCAGCCAGGGAACACAUUGAAGACGAGCAUUACCCAAUCUUUGAGACAGAAAAUAACUACAAGCAGAAAGAAUCUCUCAUUCAAGAUCUGAAAGAUUUCAAGAAUUUCGUUCUACCACCAAUCGUGAGUACCCCGGUAUCCUCUACGCCAAAGAAAAGUCCUGUUCGAAGCUCCAGGAAACAGCGGCCCACCACCGCCCGCUUAGCCACUUUGGAUAGCAACUUUCGCGGCCAAACACCAAAUGACAGAGAGAACUGUUCCCUCACCGGGGCCGUUUUUAUUGGAAAUGGUCGAAUAGUUCUUGUUGACCAAGUUCAUAGAAAAUUGAAGCUCUUCGAUCAUCAAUGCAAGUGGAUAACCGAGAAGGUGUUGUCGGUCAAACCUUAUGACGUUGCAAGUUGCAGUGGGACUGAAAUUGCUGUCACCCUACCGAAAGAAAAGAGGGUUUUAAUGUUGUCUGUCAAAGACGCCGAUUUCUCCGUCACAGGGGGAUUUCAAACUGGAGCGAAAUGUUUUGGCAUCGCCUUUACACAAGAUGCCUUUGCUGUUGCAUGCUACUCUUCUCCGCCGACCGUAAAGAUAAUGUCACGCGAUGGACGUGAACUGAGGGUUUUUAAGCGAGAUCAGUUUGGACAGGACUUGUUUUUCUUCGCCGAUUAUAUCACUGUCGACAAAGAUGGUCACAAUCUCUUUGUAACUGAUAAGUACAAGAAGUCUGUGAUAUCCAUGACAACAAAAGGCGAAAAAAGAUGGGAGGUCAAGUACCACCACCUGAAAGGACCGCGAGGGGUCGCUGUUCACGGAACCCGUCUAUUUGUCGCGGGAAAUCGCUCACACAACAUUAUGGAGAUUUCCACGGAAGGGGAGAUUAAUGGGGCUAUAGUAAUAGAUGGAGUGAACAAUCCGCAUGCAUUGUGCGUUAGUCCUGGUGGUGACCGACUUCUGGUCACUCAGUAUCACUUGACCUUAUCUAAGACAGAGAAAAACAUGGUGAAAAUUUUCAAAGUACCAAAGAGAAAAAUAUAGAGGAUCUGAACCAAACGUGUAAAAUGUAUUUAUAAACGUUGUCCAUUGUAUUGUCUUUUGCCCUCCCUUUAUGGUGUGCGCAUGCCGAUUCAUUGUGUAAUAUCAUUUAAUAUUUGCCGAUCGAUAUAUAUAUAUAUAUAUAUAUAUAUAUAUAUAUAUAUAUAUAUAAUCCAAAUAGAAAGAGUUGAUAUCACACAGUCAAAAUAAUUCAAUAAAAAAAGCAGGAAAAUAUACAGUUCCAAAAUAUAUUUAGGAAUUGUAUAUUUUGCUGCUUUUUUAUUGAAUUAUAUAUACAUAUAUAUAUAUAUAUACAUGUAUAUGACACUUCAAUGUUGGUAUCAUGUAGGGAUACAUUUGUACAUGUAGAUUGCACAAUAAAUAUAU